UUUCUAUUUCUUUAUAUAGAUUGAAGAGAGUAACCAAUCAAGAAACUCCAUCAAACCUUUGUAUAUAGACACUCUAAGGUGUAGUACUCAUCCCCCAAUCAAACUUUACUCUCCACAGGUUCUCACACACACACACAUCUCUCUCUCUCACACACACUCUUUCUCUCUCUUCUUCUGUCUAAGAACACCAAUCUAGUGUUUGCUUCUUUGGUCAAUUUCAAGAAAUCUAAGAUGGUGAGAGGAAAGACCCAGAUGAGGAGAAUAGAGAAUGCUACAAGUAGACAAGUGACUUUCUCCAAAAGGAGAAAUGGUUUGUUGAAGAAAGCUUUUGAGCUUUCUGUGCUUUGUGAUGCUGAAGUUGCUUUAAUUAUCUUCUCACCAAGAGGCAAACUAUGUGAAUUUGCAAGCGCAAGCAUGGAGGAGACUAUUGAACGUUAUAGGAAUCACGUAAAAGACGUCCAACCCGAAAAUUCUUCGAGUGUUGAAGAUGCUCAGUGGCAGCAUUUGAAGGAUGAAACAGCAAGCAUGGCAAAGAAGAUAGAGUUACUAGAACUAGCAAAGAGAAAAUUUUUGGGAGAAGGUCUGGGCUCUAGUACAAUUGAGGAAUUGCUACAGAUUGAACAACAGCUGGAGAGGAGUGUAUCCAUCAUUCGAGCGCGAAAGAUGCAAGUUUAUAAUGAACAGAUUGAGGAGCUACAAGCAAAGGAGAAAAUGCUAGCUUGUCAAAAUGCAAUGCUUACUGGAAAGUGUCUCGGCCAAACCAAAGAAAAGACGGAAGAACAGAGGACAAAUUUACUAACUGCGGAACAUGGAGAGAGUUCUGAUGUUGAAACCGAAUUAUUCAUUGGACUGCCCGAAAAACGGAUGAGGCAAGAUAAACCAAAAUGAAUGAAGUUAAUACCUAAAAUACAUAUUUAUAUACCUAUCGAGAUCUAUUAUGCUAUAGAUCUUAUUUGUGUUCAGUUUUAUGGUUUACCUUUGAAUUACAAUAAUGUUCCUGUGAAACUAAAUGUAAUCUAAUUUCGGUCGUUUGUACAUAUGAACAUUUGAUGGUGACCGCGUCAUAAAUUUUCUUUGUUGUGUUGUUUGGUUGCAUCUUUUCUGGAUUUCAAGAAAUACAAUUAUUUUGGUGUUCUCUUCA